AUGGGUCAGAACAAAAUCUCUUAUGCCUCAGGAGAGAGCAGACUUGAAAGUAAGGAAACUACAGCAGAGCUAAGCCUUUCUGUGGAAGAAACUCAUAAGCAAAGAUUCAACAAUGAUGGUCCUGGUGACAUCAGUUGCAGAGAAAUCUGUACUUCACUUGAGAGAAUCCACACCAGAGAGAAAUCUUAUGAAUGUAACCAAUGUGGAAAGACUUUUAAGUGGAAGGGCACUCUUGUUCAACAUCAGAGAAUCCACAGAGGAGAGAAACAUUAUGCCUGUAAUCAAUGUGGAAAGGCUUUUAGAGACAGGAGUGUUCUUACUCGACAUCAGAGAAUCCACACUGGAGAGAAACCUUAUAAAUGUAAUCAAUGUGGAAAGGCUUUUACAAGGAAGUCUGGUUUCAUUUUGCAUCAGAGAAUCCACACUGGAGAUAAACAAUAUGAAUGUAAUCAAUGUGGAAAGACGUUUAUAUGCAAGGGCACUCUUGUUCAACAUCAGAGAACCCACAAUGGAGAGAAACCUUAUAACUGUAAUCAAUGUGGAAAGGCUUUUAGGGAAAGUAGAGGUCUUCUUGUACAUCAGAGAACCCACACUGGAGAGAAACCUUAUGAAUGUAAACAAUGUGGAAAGACUUUUACAUGGAAGGACAGUCUGGUUCAACAUCAGAGAAUCCACACUGGAGAGAAACCUUAUGAAUGUAAUCAAUGUGGAAAGGCAUUUAAGUGGUCUACCAAUCUGACUGUACAUCAGAGAAUGCACACUGGAGAGACACCAUAUGAGUGCAAUCAAUGUGGAAAGGCUUUUAAAUGGUAUACCAGCCUUACUCUACAUCAGAGAAUGCACACUGGAGAGAAACCUUAUAACUGUAAUCAAUGUGGAAAGGCUUUUAGGGAAAGUAGAGCUCUUACUCUACAUCAGAGUAUCCAUACUGGGGAGAAACCUUAUGACUGUAAUCAGUGUGGAAAGACUUUUAAAAAGAAAGCUCAGCUUGUUGUACAUCAGAGAACCCACUCUGGAGAGAAACCUUACAAAUGUAAUCAAUGUGGAAAGGCUUUUAAAUGGUGGAACAGUCUUACUCUACAUCAGAGCAUCCACACUGGAGAGAACCUGUAUGAAUGUAAUCAGUGUGGAAAGACUUAUACACAUAAGGCCAGUCUUGUACAACAUCAGAAAAUCCACACUGGAGAGAAACCUUAUAAAUGUAAUCAAUGUGGAAAGACUUUCAGAUGUAGGAAGAGUAUUCAUUUACAUCAGAGAAUCCACACUGGAGAAAAACCUUAUAAAUGCAAUC